GGGAAGUUACUCUAGGGCUGGCUGCGCAGGAUGGUUGGAAUACGAAGUAGCCAUGGCUCAUGAUGUUUACCACGCGAGGUUUGUAGUAGUUGGAGGAGGAAUUGCUGGUGUGACGUGCGCUGAAACGUUGGCUUCUGAAUGCCCAGAAGAAAAAGUUUUGUUAAUAACAGCUUCAAACUUAGUAAAGGCCAUUAAAAAUUAUGAGCAGACAUCAAGAGUUUUAGAGACAUUUGAUGUGGAAGAGCAGCCAUGGUCACAGUUGGAGUUUAAGUCAGGUAUACAGGUGUUGCAAGCCACAGUCAGCAGCCUGGCUGCACAGGAAAAGGUUGUGUAUACUUCCUGUGGUAAACAUGUGCACUAUGACAAGCUCUGCAUUUGCUCAGGAGGUGUACCAAAGAUGGUCCCUGGAAAUCAUCCUCUUGUUGUUGGCAUCAGAGAUACUGAAAGUGUAAAGGAUUUUCAAAACAAACUGGAUCAUGCUGAAAGAGUCAUCAUUAUUGGAAAUGGUGGCAUAGCAACAGAACUAGUAUAUGAAAUAGAGGGCUGUGAAGUUAUCUGGGCUAUUAAAGACAAGUCCAUAGCCAGCACCUUUGUAGAUGAAGGGGCAGCACAGUUUUUCUUGCCACACCUCAACAGCGAGAAACAGCAAGCUCAUCAAAUUGUAAAGAGGCAAAAAUUCUCCAUAGACCGCUGCAGUGCACUUGGGCCUGAUUGGGCAGCUGGACAGUGCAUGAAAGGUGUCAAGCAAGAGACAUCACAUCAUGUUUUCGUCAAGUACGAAGUUGAAGUUAGCAUGGUUAUGUCCCCUGAAGAACUGGCCAAAGCAGGGCUGUCCUGCCAGACUCCAGAUUUGUUCCGGAAAGGGAAUAAUAAAGAAGAAUGGCCAGUUUAUGUGCAGUUGACCAAUAACUGUGUCUAUGGUAGUGACCUUGUGGUGAGUGCCACAGGAGUGACUCCAAAUACACUGCCUUUCUUGCCUGGCAAUAAUUUUGAGGUUGCUGAAGAUGGUGGUCUGAAAGUAAAUGAGAACAUGAUGACGUCAGUACCAGAUGUGUAUGCUGCAGGGGAUGUUUGCUCAGCUUCCUGGCAGCUAGCUGAUCUCUGGUUUCAGAUGCGGCUCUGGACACAAGCCCGUCAGAUGGGAUGCCAGGCAGCCAGAUGUAUGGCAGCAGACAUCAGAGGAACGACUGCACCACUUGACAUUUGUUUUGACUUGUUUGCACAUGUUACAAAGUUUUUCAAUUUUAAGGUUGUGCUCAUUGGACUGUUCAAGGCUCAAGGUCUGGGGAAUGAUUACGAGUUACUUCUGCGUGUUACCAAAGGUGAGGAGUACAUCAAGGUGGUUCUUCAUGAGGGCAGGCUGGUUGGAGCUAUUCUGAUAGGUGAGACAGAUAUGGAAGAAACCUUUGAGAACCUGGCUUUGAACAGAACGGACCUGACUCCAUUCAAGGACCAUCUUCUGGAACCUGGCAUUGAUAUUGAUGACUUCUUUGACUGAUGUAGAAUCAGUGUAAAUAAGAUGGGAAGAGACAUGUUCAACAAGAAAAUUUUCAUGACGUAUAGUGUGCUCUCUUUCUCCAGAUGCUUUUACACCUAAAGAUGUUGAAAAUAAAAUGGUAAGAUUGUAAGUGGCUUAACUAGCCUUUCUUGUGGAAAAUGAGCACAUCACAAAAAAGGAUUUCAGUUUUAGAAACAUUUCGCAUAUUGUGUAUUUUACAGCACACCAUUUGCGAAUAUGUUUUAUUGGGGAGCUGGUCUAUAGCAGAUUCAAGUCAUGCAACUCCAAAAGUUCAAGCCUAGUGGAUGUGAAUACCUUGUGAAAGAGUUGCGUCCCAUCUGAAUUUACACGUAUUCAGGACCGAACCUUAAAAAAAAUGGAUUUUGUGUUUUGCGGAGUAUACAAUGACGAAGAACGUAUAAAUAAAUUUACAUUUCA